GUUUGGCUGGAAAUAGGAAUAAGGGGGGCAAAAUACACGCCCGUUUGGUAUACCUGCUACUAUUACCUUUCGGCAUAUAUGCAGCGCUAGCGCGUACACCUUUCGUCUCCUCUUUCAGCUUCUCGCCCCUCUCUCUCUCUCUCUCUCUCUCUCUCUCUCUUCCAAGAAAUGGAUGCGUUGGACUCAGUAUUCGAUCCACUGAGAGAAUUCGCCAAGGACAGCGUUCGCCUCGUCAAGAGAUGCCACAAACCCGAUCGCAAAGAAUUCACUAAGGUAGCGUUCCGUACUGCGAUUGGAUUUGUCGUGAUGGGAUUUGUUGGGUUUUUCGUGAAGCUGAUAUUCAUCCCUAUUAACAACAUCAUUGUCGGAUCUAGUUGAGGUUGGGCAGAAAUGUGAACCUGCAUGAAAGUGGUGCUAUGAAUAGGAUACAGAACAGAGAGAGGAGAAUGUCUUUGUAGGAUAUUUUUUCAGUUUUCUGCAGAUGUAUUACUUGUGGACAAAUAUUUGCGUUAUUGCCUUCUUCUCAGUUCUCGGGUUUGAACAGAAAUUUCCUGUAUGAAAACCUGCAUGAAAGUUUUGCUUAUUUUUGUGAAGCUAGUCUCAUUCCUGGA